CCCACAACAUGUCCAAGUGUCUUGUUGUCUUUUGUGCAUUGAGCUGCUUGCUGGCCUUGGCCCUCGCCGAGCCGCGGCUUCAGCAGCGCCAACUCCUGCGGCAGUCCCAGCAGUCCCAGCAGCAGCAUCCUUAUCUCUUCCUGUCCAUACCCAGAGGUCUGCCCAAUGCCGGCGUCGUUGUUAAGGGCUUUGAGAUUGUCGAGGAGGCCGAUGACGACGAUGCCGAUCAGGACAAUGAGAUGUUGCAGCAGCCACAGGACGAUGACGAAGACAUCGACGAUGACGAGCAACUCCACGAUGAUGACGACGAUGAGGAUGAGCUGGAGCAUCAGUUGGGCCUCAACUUUGCCCGUCACGGACAGUUGGUGUUGCUCAACAAUCCGAACUCGCGCAAGAACAACUUCCAGCAGGACGAAGAUCUCGUGGACGAUGACAAUGAAGACGACGAUGACGAGUCUCUGCCAGCUUUGGUAAAUCUCCGCAAGACACCAAAUCUCAGCUUGAACCUUAAUCAGGCGAAUGGGCAGCCCAAUGGCCAGCAGCUGCUGAAGAAUGCGAAGGCCACCCAAAUGGUUAUACCCAGGGACCAGGCUGGUGCCAUUAUGGUGCCCGAUGGCAUCAUUGAGAUCGAGGGCCAGAGCGUCAUCGAUGAGAAGACCGGCAAGGCGGCGCUGCUCGUGCCACGUGCCGCCCUCGAUGCCAUCCCCGACGGCGCUGUCGUUGCCCUCAUGGAGCGCUCGGCUGGCGCCGCCGAGGCCGAUGCCGAUGCCAUCGAGGAGGAGCGCGCCAAUCGGGUCGUUGUGCGUCGCCGCAAGAAUAACGGACGCCGCAAUGUGCGCCGUCGCGGCUCCAACGGGCGUCGUCGUCGUCGUGGCGGCAACCGCAGGCGUCGCGUCGGUGGCAAUCGUCGCCCCAACGUUCGGGUCAUUCGUCCCACUGGCAAUCGGCGGCGCGCCGGACAGCGACGUCGCGGCGGUCAGGUCGUCCUGCAGGGCUAAGCCCAUUCCCACACCCCCAACGAUCACCGUCUCUCAAUAGUAUUAUAAUUAAGAGCUAAGCCAA